GGGGCGGGGGCGCAGGAGGUGGGGCCGCCGUCGCCGUCAGGGCCCCAGGGAGCGUGGGGCGCCGCUGCCGCUGCUCCUCGCCCAGGUUCCGUCUCCAAGGCUGCGCCGGGAACAGUGGCCGCAGCGGCAGAGCAGCGGGAGUCGGGAGCCGCGCUCCGCCGUGAGUUGGGCAGGGGAGUGCCCGCGCCUCCGCGGCGUCAUGGGCCCCCUUCCCGGGCCUCAGCGGGCACCAGCCGCGGGAACCCCCGGGCCUCCUCGCGGCCGAGCCUGAGCGCCCCCCGGGUUCUUCGGCGCCCCCCUCCCUCCGCCCUAUUUUUUUCCUGCUCUAGCUGCGGCCACAGCUUCAGCUCUCCGUUAUGGCAACGGAGCCACCAUCCCCCCUCCGACUCGAGGCGCCCGGCCCCCCAGAAAUACGGACCCCACCGGUGAGCGAAGCCCCCCCAGAGGGCACCUCGAAGCCGGCAGGCGGCAGGCUCUGCUUCCUCAACGGCUGCGUGCCCCUCUCGCAUCAGGUGGCCGGGCACAUGUACGGGAAGGACAAAGUGGGUAUCCUGCAACAUCCCGAUGGCACAGUUUUGAAACAGUUACAGCCACCUCCUAGGGGUCCAAGAGAGCUGGAAUUCUAUAAUAUGGUUUAUGCUGCUGACUGUACUGAUGGUAUUCUUUUAGAGCUACGAAAAUAUUUGCCAAAAUAUUACGGCAUCUGGUCGCCUCCCACUGCACCAAAUGAUUUAUACUUAAAACUGGAAGAUGUGACCCAUAAAUUUAAUAAGCCCUGUAUUAUGGAUGUAAAGAUAGGGCGAAAGAGUUACGAUCCUUUUGCCUCAUCUGAGAAGAUUAAGCAACAGGUCAGCAAGUACCCAUUAAUGGAAGAGAUUGGGUUCUUGGUGCUUGGCAUGAGGGUUUAUCAUGUUCAUUCUGAUAGCUAUGAGACACAAAACCAGCACUAUGGAAGAAGCUUAACAAAAGAAACUCUAAAGGAUGGAGUUUCCAGGUUUUUUCAUAAUGGAUUCUGCUUAAGAAAAGAUGCUGUUGCUGCCAGUAUUCAGAAAGUUGAGAAUAUUCUGCAGUGGUUUGAAAAUCAGAAGCAGCUUAACUUUUAUGCAAGUUCAUUACUGUUUGUUUAUGAAGGUUCAUCUCGGCCAACUACUACAAAAUCAAAUGACAGAACUUUGGUAGAAAAGUUUUUGUCCAAAGGGCAACUGUCAGGUGCAGAUGUCCUGGAGUACAAUAAUAACUUUCAUGUGUUAAAUUCUACAGAGAAUGGGAAAAUAGAUGCUUCAGUAGGCAAAAGCUUGUCCAAGAUGUAUGCUCGUCACAGAAAAAUGUGUUCAAAAAAGCAUCACAGUCAGACUUCAUUGGAAGUUGAAAAUAUAGAGCAAGACAAUGGGUGGAAAAGCAUGUCACAGGAACAUUUAAAUGGAAAUGUACUUUCCCAACUGGAAAAAGUUUUCUAUCAUCUUCCCACUGGUUGCCAAGAGAUUUCAGAAGCAGAAGUGCGAAUGAUAGAUUUUGCUCAUGUGUUCCCUAGCAACACAAUAGAUGAGGGAUAUGUUUAUGGGCUGAAGCAUUUAAUUACUGUGCUGCAAAGUAUUUUAGACAAUUGAAUCCUUUGCUGCAGUCUUUUAAGGGAUGGGGCAAUCGUAAGAGCAGCAGUCGAUAUCUCUGCACUUGUAAAGCUAUGUAAAAAAUUUGUAUUGUGAGUCUACAUUUUGUCUUUAUACUUUUGGUAGAAGGGUUAUCUUUUUUAUAAUCUUACUCAGGAAAACUAAUUAUUUGUUCAUUAGAAAACUAUGAAGAAUAAAGAAACUUAGGAAUGUUAAGCAGGGAAUGUGGUGGUACAUGGCUUAAACAUCUGUUUGGCUCAAGCAAAAUGCAAACCAUUAUUCAGUCAUUAAGAGUUUAUUUAGCUUUCUGUAGCCAAUUUGUCAUGAAAUCUCUAUCCACCCAACCUUGACAAUGAGCCAUAUCUAAACUCAUUAAAUUAUUUGAAGACUUUAAAAAAUCUAGAGAGCACAGGUUGAUGUCCUUAGUGUUACUAUGUAUGAAGUUAUUAAAACUGGAGAAAAUUCUACUUCAGAACAGUUAAGUACUGUUUAGGUUUUAUAUUAAAAGUUCAGACCAGCAUAUCAAAAGGUGCUUCUUAAUAAAGCAAUUCAGAAUCAUUGUAUUCCAAAAGCAGAUUUUCUCUUUAAUUUCCAUUUAUAUGCCUAUUUCAAUAUAUUAUACUUCACAAGAAAGAUAAUUCAACAACAACAACAAAAAUCUUGAAAUUAGAGUCACUAAUAAUUAUUCUUGCCAAGGUUAGGAGAAAAGAGAAGUUAUUUGCCAGGAACAUAAUGUUUUUCUUUUAAAAUUGGAAUAUAUAUUUACUACAUUGUGAAAGGUGUUGUAAACCAUAUAAAUACUGUUUCCUCUAACUGCAGCUUCAAAACAUAGAUGAUUGAAGCUUUGUCUUAUUUCUCCUUUAAAUAGCUAUUGAGAAUUUUCUCUUUUAAAAUUCAUGUCCCCAUUUGGUUCAGCACUAGUAUAAAUAUAUGUUGUGCUAAAAAGAAUUCUCAGAAUUCUAAUAAGUAGUGAAGGACACCAUCCAGUAUUGUGUUACCAAAAAUAUUAUGUGUAAAUUAGUGCAUCACUAUGAAUUUGGUGCAUAUCUAAAUCCAUGCUUCUAUUUCACUCUUACUCAAAAUGGUUUUAUAUCCUAUUCCAGAGAGAGAUUAUGAUUUACUUUUGUAAUAGGUGGCGGAGAUGCCAUUUUUCCUGGAAAAAUUAGAUUUUUUAAGUAUUAUAUGUGUUUCACAUAUAUCAGCAUUUUAAAAAACAACUAUUAUUUGAAAACAUUUAAAACUUUGAAAUUAAAUUUACAAAUAUGUUAGAUAUUUAUGAAAGCAUUACUUGCACUUUGAUUCACUAAUAACCCUGCUAAGUAGUUAAGAGUUUUGUCAUAUUCCUGGAAAAUGUUUUAGAUUUGUGGGCUGUUGGACUUCUGCCCUCUCUUUUUCCCCUAGAAUUACAAAUUCAAGUUUUAAUUCUGAGCAGCUUUUUUUUUGGUAUGGAGGAAAGUAUCACAAUUUUUUUAUAUUUAUCUCACUUUCCCAACCUCUCUAAGUGUACUUUGCAAAUACCUGAGCACAAACAGAAGUACCAAAUGCUUUGUGAAUUCUAUGCUUAGUAAGUCUGUUAAACCCGAAUUACUUUAAAAUUCAUAUACAUUUUGUUAUAGCAAAAUUUGUUUUAAAUUUUUUACUUAGGAUCAGUAUAAGUAUUUUUCAUAGAGACUUCAUAUUUUUCUCUACUGUCUAAAUGAGUAUUGGCUGUAGCUUUUUUUUGUGAGGAUGAAUUUCAAGUCCUAGUAAAUAGUAAAAAAAAAAAAAUUUAAUUUUACUUUUUUUCUCCUACAGUAUAGACUUUUGUUGUUGUUGUUGUUACUUGGACAGUAGUUCAAUAAGUCUUAAACUCAGAUAAUUAACAGUUCUGAGUCUUAACAAGAGGCUUUUUUUGUAUGGGAUGGUAUCAGCCUAUAUACAGUGAAUUUAAUAAAUUUAAGUAUUACCAGACUUUUUGCACAUUUUAGCUCAAUAAAGUGUGAAUCAGCUGUUCCAGAUUUUCUUUAUCCAUAUUUGGAAAUACAGUUUUGUAAAAAUCAAUGUCUUACCUUUUUGAUACAGUAGAUCAUCUUUUGUUUUACCAAAACAAGAAGCGCUUUUAUCUUUUGUUUUUCAGGGAAGAGAUUAACAUUUAAUUCUGUUUACAUUUUUUAUCACUGUUAUCCAAUACCCAUUUUCUGUUACUUUAUUAGUAAACCUUACAUGUCACAGAGUAAGUAUUUAUGUAAUCUACAUGUGAAUAUUUUACUAUCUAGCCCAGUUAUAUAACAUUAUGCUGAAAUUUACCACUGUGGGGAAGAAUGAUCACUAUUUACCAAGCAUAUUUAAACAUGUACAUGUUUAAGAAAUAAGCAUAAUAAGGAUAUAGUUUGAGUUAAUAGGAUUAUCAUAGUUUUUUCCCCCCCUAGGAUACAUAAAUAAUGAUUUUAGUGUAUUUCAUAUGGAAUGCACUCAUGAAAAGGACUUUUAAAAAAUUGUGGAUAGUGAAUAAUACAUUUCUCUAAUAAAAAUUUAAAUUGGAUAAUAGUUUUAUAAUGAAGUAUUUACACUAAUUGAUAUUUUAAUAUGGGUGGGAAGUUGCAUAGGUUGAAAUAAAUUAAAAAUUGAUAAGUGCUAAAUAUUUUAUCUAAAUAGUUUUGCAAGAAACAGUUGUGAAAAUGUGUAUAUUAAAAUGGCUCUAACAUGGAGCUUGGUAUUUUCAACUCAGUAUUCAUUAUUCAUUAUUCUUUGUUUAAUGUGUCUGGAACGAUCUUACUAUGCCUCUUACACUACAAUUUCCUAUUGUGGGGCUUAAGGUUAUGUUCAACUGAAUAAGAACUUUUUUUUUUUACUUUGAGUGUAACCUACUAUUUUAUGAUUUCCAAGACGAUGUUCUUCAUACUAUCUCUAUAAUGUCAGUAUAUUAAAUUCCUAAUACAUCUUAAGAAAAAGGAAUUAAUUUUUAGAGAUAUUUCAGUUGCAACUGAUUUUCAUGCAACUGAAGACAUUUGUUUCUAGGAUUUGGAAUAUUGUAGAAAAUACAGGAUGAAAGAAAAUGGAAUGAAACAAUUUUAUUUGUGAAUUUGCAAAAAUUUUGUCCACUUUUUAAAACAUUGUCAUCAUUUUAGUACUCUUUUAGCAGUUAGGCAUUUGUUAAUUUAAAACUUGAUUUGCUCUUAAAAUUGUUUACAAUGCUUUGUAAUAAUCUUCCUUAUCCAGUGCCUUUAAUCUUGAUUUGAUGUUUGUAGCCUCAGUUAUCCUUCCACUACAUCCUGUAAUAUUUUUAUAGUUUCUUUAAAAAAAAUGUCAAUUUGAUCAUGUAAAGAGGUAGCAAUUGUCUAUCAGUGCUUUGGGAAGACAAGUAGAGUUGCCUAUGGAGGCCGGGCUUAAUUCAUUCAAAAAUACUUAGUGGAUGUCUACCAAAUAAAGCAUUUUCGGCCCCUGAAUAUACAGUUGUGAACCAAUCAGGAAAAGCCCUAAUUAACCAUUUUCUGCAUUCUGUCUAGAUGGGGUGGGUUUGGGGACCUAAUUAAAAUAGAGAUACAGAAAAAUAUGCAUUUAACAAUAAUAAAGUUAACUGGCAUUUGAAUUUGUGUACAGAUAAGGGAAUGAGCUGAGACAAAGUAACUGACAAUAUAUUAGGUUAAAAAUAAUAUUUUGCAGCAUUAUAACCUCUAUUUGACUCCUGAGUUCAGGUAGCAAUUAUAGAUAGGAUAAAAAGGCCUUAAUUUUUCACUUUCUUGCCGGUAAAGGUACGUUUAUUUUUAGGCUGCCCAUUUAGAGUAGUGUUUUAACAGAACAUUACUGUGAAAAACAUUCCAUUACAUAUUCACAAGCAAAUUACUGCACAUUUUUAAAAUUUGUGUUUUACAAGUAGUACAAAUACUUUAGGCCUCAGUCUCAUCUUCAAAUUACUAAUAUUUUAAAUUUGGCAAUGAAAAUGAAAUUACUUUUUGACUUACAGAGUGAAGUAUUGUUACUUAAAAUGCUUGUUAAUAUUUUAGGAAGGUUGGAGUCUCCAUUUUUUUUUUGAUGUUUAAAUUCUUGUUACUUAUGUUGAUAGUGUCUAAUAAGAGGAAAUAGCAUUCAUGUGAUUAAAUAAAUUAGGAAAUACUUUGAAAACUUUUAGUUGUUAAACUUUGUCAUCAUGGGGUUAAAUUUUGGCCUGGUGUGCACUUACAAUACAUGUUAACAAGUUUAAUUAUGAAGUGAAAUAGUUUCAAGUAUGAUGUGUAAUGCACCUGCAUAUAAAUGAAAUUGGCGUGCACAAAGACACUUUACUAUAAGGAGCUGUACUGGAAGAUUUAUGAAAGCAUGUGAAAUUGCACCUAAAAUUGUAUUAGUGACUAUGCUAAAUUUAUUGUACUUGAUGAAUGAAUGUAUUUAGUGUAGUCAAAGUUACUUUGGCUUAAAUGUCUAAAUAAUGUCUUUCUUUUUUUAAAUGUGUUUGUAAUUUGUAGUAUUGAUGGGGGUAUUCUUGGACUGCAGGGGUUAUUGUCAAUGUGUGAUUUGUGUUUUUAUUUUAUAGAAUCAUCUAAUGUGAUAUACUGAUUUUUAUAAGUGAUAUUUAGAUAAUUCUAAUAACUGUAUAUUUGACAACCUAUUAAAAUGUUUUGCAUUUGA